GAGGAAAAUCGCCGUUACUCCGGAGACAACAACGGUCUUGUUCCUCUCAGAGAGAUGUAUUCGCCGUCGUCUUGUAACAGAGGAAGAGCGUUUCCGAUGAGAACAGAGAGUGGUGAUCUUCCGAGUUUAUCGGUGAGACUGAUAUUCACACAAGGGUUAAUGAAAGGAGUCGUGGUUCAGGAAUCUCCGAGGUUCUUGUUUUUGCCUCCCGCGGUUUCUGAUUACUCUCCAGCUCCGUCGUCGGCUUGUUCUUCGCCUAGGAGUCGUGACGGUUUCUUCGGAAUUAGGGAGAAGAAGAAAAAGGGAUCUUUUAUGAACAGAUACUUGUGUUUUGGUGGUAAAGGAUUAGCCAUUGCUGGUUCUUCUGAGAUGAUCAGUAAUGGCUCUGGUCAUCGUCUUCGUCCCCAGAGUUUCAAACGAGUGAUGUCUUUGGUUUCUUGAAAUACAUAAGUUUUCUUAUU